AUGUCCUCUACAGCACCAUCGCUCAAGACUAAAAUUUCCUUAUGGCUUGACAGCGUGUCUGCAUGUUCGUCCACAGGUACUCCGAAGAAGAAGCGACUGCACUCUACAGACAUAGACUUGGGAACCCCAUUUAAUGAGGAUGUUAAUGCCGGCGAUGAAUUUCCUCCCCAGAAGCGCGCUCGCAACAUCCUCGAAGACAGUCCACACUUCCCACCAACUACGUCUUCCAUAGAAAACGACUCUACCUCUUCAUUUCAAUCGCACAACAGCGGAAAGUACAGCCCUGUUAGACAAAUCCGGAUCCUUGAGGAUUCCGACCGACCUGUAAUUUUUGUCGAUUUCUACAACAUGGAAAGAGUCGGCCAAGCGCCUGAGAGCGUCACUCAUAUGCACACAGCAGCCCAAAUCACAGACGCUUUCAAGGCAUCAAUUGCCCAUCUUCCCAAGCUGCAGAGAUGUCAACAAGCAAGUCAAGCUGGCUUGAUACAGUACCCAAGCGCCAAGGAUGCUGGACGUGCUAGGGGGAAUCGAGAGCGCUUGGAACGCAUCUGUUCAUCAUCCAUUGCUUCAGGCAAUCCGUCCAUAUCGAACCCUCCAACUCUCAUUAGUAAUAAGAAAUUACCCAGUCGUAUAAUCGACUACGCCAUCCGCCUCCAGCCCGACUCUACAAUAAAAACCGCCUACCAGUCCCUCCAACCGCUGACUGAAGAAACCGUAAAGUCCUGGGAUCACAUCACGACCGUAGCACAGAAAAUGCCUAUCACCAUCAACAUCGAGACCAAGGGCCCUAUGAAGUCGUGGACAGACGGCAAAGCACAGGUUGGGAUCUGGAUGGAUGCUUGGCUGCAUGGAUGCGAGUUACUUUGUAAGAAAGGCCCAGAUAAGGACUGGCCAGCGAUACCAGUGCUCAUCUCACAAGGCCAUGAGUGGCACCUGCUGAUAGUCACCAAGAACAAAGAAGGGUUGACCUUCAGGGAGAUGAUCAUGAUUGGAAGUACACGGAACUGUUUUGAUACCCUCAAGGUUGUUGCAGUGCUACAAUGGCUUAUGGACUGGGCGGAGACUGUGUGGCGGCCAUGGUUCUUGUCGCUGAUUGCUCAAGAUGAUGCGUAA